GUUACGUUUACAUUCUGUUCUCGACGUCGCGUUCAUUGUGGGGAGCCAUUACCCUCGUCCGCGCUAAGCAUCGUGCCAUAUUCCCAUUCGCGCCCUAAUACUAACAACAUUCUCGUAGUUUUAAGUGAAAUAUUAUGAGAGUGAAGACCGAAAUGGACGACGACGAAAAGGGAAAGUUGUUUGUUGGUGGUUUGUCCUGGGAGACAACACAAGAAAAUCUUCAACGUUACUUCGGCCGUUAUGGCGAAGUAAUUGACUGCGUUGUUAUGAAAAACAGUGAAUCUGGUCGCAGUCGUGGUUUUGGAUUUGUAACAUUUAGUGAUCCAGCUAAUGUUCCAUUAGUUCUUCAGAAUGGACCACAUCAACUUGAUGGGCGCACAAUUGACCCGAAACCAUGUAAUCCACGCACUCAACAGAAACCAAAACGCAGUGGAGGCUUUCCGAAAGUUUUUCUUGGUGGCUUACCAAGUAAUGUGACAGAGACCGAUUUGAGGUCUUUCUUUACCCGUUUUGGUAAAGUUAUGGAGGUUGUCAUAAUGUAUGACCAAGAGAAGAAGAAAUCAAGGGGAUUUGGCUUUCUCAGUUUCGAGGAUGAAGAUGCAGUGGACCGAUGCGUAGCGGAGCAUUUCGUCAACUUGAAUGGAAAACAGGUUGAAAUCAAACGCGCAGAACCAAGAGAUUCUUCUAGCAAAAUGAAUGAUAGUCAUCAAGGUCAGUGGGGACCACCUCAACAAGGUGGACCUCCAAUGGGAAUGGCUGGGAAUAUGGGACCUAUGGGUGGUCCAAAUGGACAGAUGAGUGGACCUAUGAUGGGAGGUCCAAUGGGUCCACCAGGAAAUAUGAUGCAGCAGUAUCAAGGUUGGGGUACCAGUCCUCAAACUGGAGGAUAUGCUGCUGGAUAUACUCAGUAUAAUUCUCAGGGCUGGGGUGCACCACCUGGCCCUCCUCAGCAACAACAAAUUCCACCACCACCUCAUCAUCAAUGGGGUAGUAGUUAUAAUGUUCAACCUGCAGCAGCUACUCAAGGUUAUGGAAGUUAUGGUGGGCCGGCAGCGGCCGCUUCAGGGGGCUAUGGGCCCACAGCGGGUACUGGCGGGGCUGCGGGGGGCGGGCCCGGGGGUUCUUGGAACUCCUGGAAUAUGCCACAAAAUGGGCCCCCUCCUGGGACUCAGCCACCACCUCAGCCCCCUCAGCCUAACUCCUCGCAGCCCAACUCCAACUCGAACCCCUCUGGCCCGCAGGGUGACAUGUAUUCACGACAGACCACCGGCUCAGGUGCACCUGGGUCCAGUAGCAGUUCAGCUAAAACUCCGGAUUAUACUGGGUACUCUGCAUAUGGUAAUUACGCUGACACCAGUUAUCCUCAGCGUUCGUAUCAAGGAGGAGAAAGCAACCAAGGAAGUUUAUUUCCUAGACGUCCUGUUCAUUUUACUGACUGGAUGACGCGAGGCUUGUGGACUUGAGGUAAAAGAACCGGAAACGCGCGUUUAGCCGCGGUCACCGCUUAACGGGCCGCGAUAAUUAAGGGUUAUAACAUUUUUCAUAUUAAUUUAAAUAUUUCAAGCGUUAAUUUAAAUAUUCCUUUGUCCUUAAUUCAAUCUUUUAUCUCCUAUUUUCUUUUCUUUUUUUUUUUUUUUCCUCUUUUGUUUUCUUUCUUGCGUUUUGCAUCUGUAAACUUCCAUCUGUCGUGUUUGUUGUAUAACGGUUUGCAUAUUAUAUAUAGAAAUCUUCUUCUUUUUUAUUUCGACAAUUUUUACAAAUUGUACGAAUACAUAUGUCUUACGACAUAUCGAACGAACGAAACGAAAUGAAUUAUUCUGUGCGUGACAUUGGUAUAUAUAUAUAUAUACAUAUAUAUAUAUAUAUAUAUGGUAUGUUGUUAAGAAUAAUCCCAAUCCUCGUGGAUUUCGGUGAUAAUUAUUCCCCGCGUAUCGAAAGUUUUUAAAUAAGUUUCGUGCGUUGCGAUAAGAGAUGUGGAUAAAGAGAAGAAUAUAUAUAUAUAUUUUUCACGGUUCGAGGGCGAGAAGAAGAAACACAGUACGGAAAGGGGUAAAAAACGAAUUAAUUAAAGAAAAAAAAAAAAAAAAAGAGUAACUCGAUUUCAUGCGAGCCGAUAGCUUCGUCCAUGUUUAGAAUAAUGUGUAAAUUAAAGGGUUUAAAGAAUAAGUAGAUAUUAUUAUUUACAUAAGCGCAAUUAACAAAUUUGUAUUUAUUAAUUGUACGCGCCUGAGAGAGUUUUGUAUCCGAAACGUGUAUAUUUUUCGUAUCAUCUGAAAAAUGGUCACGAAAAGGAAGUGGUCAUAAAAAGUGGACAUUGAAAAAGUGACGAAACACGUAUGAACGUUUUCCUCGAUAUGAUGUCGGUGUUCGUUUCUUUUUUUUUCUUUUUUUUUUUCUUGAAGAUAUAAGGAGAAAGAAGAGAAGAGAAUAUAAAGUUGUUAUUGAACACAUAUUGUUAAACUUCUCGUCUUUGACACACGAGUACUUGUUCGCGAUACAAUGAGAACACGCAUGGCGACUUCUUUCUCUCGUAUGUAGACGUUUGACGAGGCGUUGAGAAAAAAAAGAAAAACGAUUAAUAAGCAGCAAGUCUGACAUUUUACGAACGUGUGAGAAUGGAUGAAGCCACGAGCUAUAGUCAUAUCGCUCGUUGUGUAAUGAUAAUAAUAAUAAUUAAUUACUGAUAGCA